AUGCCUGCCGGUGACUCCCCAGACGUACUAGUAGCUCGAUUCCUUCGAGCAAACAACUAUCAUGAGACAUUCCAGGCAUUCAUCCGCGAAACCAAUCUAACAGGAGAUUCUAUCACCAAUCACCCCACCGAUCUAACCAUCGAACAGAUCCUCGAGGAGAAGAAACUCUACGACCUAGCUGUCCGUUUCGAAAAGAUCAAUGUCGAUGCCAAAGAUGUCGACUUCGUCGUUCCAUAUCCAACCGUCCCCACCACCUUAACCACUCUCUCCACCAGCUUCAACAUUCUCUCAGUCUCUCUAGCCUCUUUGAUGUUACCGACAGAGGACUCUACUACUCAACCAUCAUCCCAACAAGUAAUAAUCUCUACAUCAUCCGACAAAUCUCUUCGGAUCUAUAGUGCAAAGCCACCAUACACCCUCCUCACCACCUUCUCAAACCUACACGCGGGGCCUAUCCUUUGCGUAGCUGCCAUAUCCCAAAGAUGGCUGGUAACAGCAAGUAUGGUAGGCGCAAUCACCAUUUCAGACUUGAAGGGUAACAUUGUGGACAAAUGGACCGGUCAUACAAAGUAUAUCGUCAAAAUCGCGGUCUCAGAACCAAUUGAAUCUCAAAAUGGCGCAGAUGGAGAAGAAGAGACAAGAUACCUCGCCGCAGCAAGUUACGAUAAAUCUCUUUCAGUACACAAACUUUACCUCCCAAAAGCCAUGAACUCGACCUCAGAGAUCGAUAUCCCUUCUCCAAGACUUGAAUUUCUUCAAACCAUCAAAUUUGAUCAAACAGUCGAGGACGUGAUAUUCACCAAAGACUACAGGGCCGAUAAUCCGACCCAAGAGCCUUCCUCCACACCACUACUAAUCACUACAAUCCGAGACUCGCCAUACCUUCACAUCUGGUCCACCCCUUCGAAUAACUCUUCCACAACCUCAUCUUCCACAACCACGUCAUCCGCACAAUUCACAUUUACAUCGAAAAACCCACUUAACGCAACCUCAACAUCAUGGCUAACAUACACCCCAACAUCACUAACUCCACAUCCACACCAUCCACACCUCCUAGCCAUGAUAACAUCGUCAAUCCCCUCCCCAAAGGCCAUAAUCUACAACCUCUCGACAUAUACAGUAGACAAAGAAUUUACGGUUCCUGUAGAAUUAAGUGCCUAUUCUACCGGAAUCGUAGCAUGGAGGGGUGAUACCUCUGCCAGUGGAUUAUGGAUCAACGGUGAUGAUGGGGUAAUCAAAGGUGUGGAAAUUAAAAGUGGGAAGGUGAAGGCCGAACUGAAGGGUCAUAGUGGGCGUAAGGUCAGGUGCUUGGCUGCUGCCGCCGUUAGCGAGGAAGAUGGAGAGGAAGAGGAAGAGUUAAUGAUAAGUGGUGGGUUCGACGGUGGGCUCAACGUUUGGAGGAUUGGGGAUGAUGCCUCGGUUUAA